AAACACCUGCUUCUUCUCCUCUGUGAGUCUAGGUUUUUUCCUCUGGUUUCUGUUCCCGGGCUAUGAGCGAGAAGUCCAACAUGUCUGAAGACGUUCCCAAGAUCGUGCUCAUCCCGCACGAGCGGAGCCAUCCGUUCGCCAGGCGAGAGUGCAUCGCUCGCGAGCCGCUCAAAGUGGGUCGCUCAGUUGACAAGAAACGAAUCUCCACGAACAACUUGAUAUUCGACUGCCGCGUCCUGUCCAGGAACCACGCCGUCAUACGGUUUGAGGAUGGAAAGUUCUACAUCAAGGACACAAAGAGCAGUAACGGGACGUUUGUGAACGAGAAUCGACUGAGUCCGUCGGGCGAGGAGAGUGGGCUGGUCGAACUGAAGAGUAGAGACAUUCUCCAGUUUGGAGUCAACGUCAACGUAGAGAGAAGAGUGACUCAUGGGUGUAUCAUUGCCACCAUUAAGCUAUACGUCAACGAUGUGGAACUUCCAGGUAUGGAUCCCCCAAUCCACGAAGUCCUGCAGAUUGUACAGCUUGCACUGACGAGAGAGCAAGAGCUGGAGAACAAACUGGCGUCCAUGCAGGAGGUCCUCAACUCUGCUCGCCAGCUGGCCACAGAGAGCAUGAUCAGUGUGGUAAAGGAAGAUGAGUUGAUGUCGCGACUGGAGAUGUUGGAGAACCAGCUACAAGUCUACUCCAGAAAUUCAACCGACGAUGAGCUGAAAAAACAACUGACCAUGUCGUUUGAAGAGAAGCACAAGACAGAGGCUGCUCUGAAGGAGUCACUGAGGAAGAUACUGCAGGAGAAGCUGGAGUGCAUGUCCAAACUCAGCCAAACCGAGCGUGAUUAUGAUAAAGCUGAACAAGAGUGCCAGCGAUACAAGACUCUGUACGACGUCACCAAAGAAGAGCUGAAAGAGGAGAGACAGAAUCUGACUACCAAGAACGAGGCUCUUCAGGCAGAACUGGACUUCACUCAGAACCAGCUAUCUGGCAAGAAGGCUCAGGUUGAAGAGCUACGGGAAGAGUUGCUGCAAGUUCAGCUGCAGCUCCAGACUGAGCUUCACAGGAGGACUGGAGGUGGUGUGGAGUAUAACAUCUCACAGGGUGAGUCUUCUUCACUGACCGUGGAAGCAAGUGAGCAGUAUCAGGUGCCCCCACCAGAGACCCUACCACUCAGAGAGGAGGCCAUUGGUAAUGUAAAGAUGUCACAGACUUCAGACGCCACUGGCCAGAGAGCUCCAUCGUUCAUAUCUGAGUCUGAUUCUGACAUGGAUGAAGAUGAAGCGGAGAAAUUAGCCGAGCGAGUGCUCCACCUGGAGGCUGACCUGCGUCGCUCCGAGAUGACCAUCCAGGGUCUACAGCAGGAGCUGGCCGCCACCAAACUGGCCCAGACACCCACCACCGACACCCAGCGAUACCAGCUGGGGGGCGGGGCCAGGGGUCAGAGGUCGACUCCACCCCCAGAGGUCCACAGGAGGAGCAUGGAGGAGCUGGCAGCAAUUGUCACCGGGACUUCUGUCGCAAAAGGUCAAGUGGAGAUAGUGAGAGGCUCUCUGGCCGACUCCCAACAUGAACUUUUCACUCUGCAAGACAAGUUGGCACUUGAAACGGAAAAGACACAAGCACUUCAGGAAACUAUAACGGUUCUCAAUGGUCAACUCAACCUGUGCUAUGCUGAGCUACACUCGAAGCAGCAGGAAGUGAUAGCCUUGAGAAGUGACAGGGUAGGUAGAGGUGGAGGGGGGGUGGCAGUGGUGCAGGAACUAAAGAUGAGAGUCAAGUCAGAGCGAGAUGAAGGAGAGAGACUAAGAACACAGAAUGAGACUCUCCAGGAGGAGGUGGAGAGACUCAAGACUGAGCUGAGGAGUGAGGGGCGUGGCACUCCCACCACACCCCACUUCCUGAGACCUGGCUCCCCAUCUGGCGAAGAUCAGAAGGUGAGAAUGUUGACUGUCAUUGCUCUGGUUUCUAUUGGAGUGGCUCUAGCCUCGUGGCUGGCAUAACUUCGUGGCUAAAACACUACUAGAACAUCAUAUAUACCUCCAUUGUAUAGACUCUAAAUUGUACAAAAUGAGCAAAGAUUCUACAUGUACGUAGAUGUGUUCAUAAAAUUACAAAUCACGGUAAGAGGGGAUCCGACACAGUCUCUUUUUACAAACUUAUUUAACAAUUUUGUGCACGCCAUCAUGUACAUAAACUAUGAUAUAUCGAGGCAUGACACAGUCUGGAUUGUAGACGACCAACUCUGCGUAGUUGAGGGCUUGGCCUGGUUUUCCGUACACGCUGUGAUAUCCAUCUGGGGGUUUUUCCCGUUUCACAUCGUUGUUGUAGAUUGUGUAUUUCUUCCCCGGCAAAAUGUCGACCAGGAGCAUUGCACGGUGUGUCAGGACUCCCUGGGUGUAGUCGUGGCACUUUGAGGAGUUGGGGGCAAAGUAGAAUGCAAGACCAAAACGGUGGUAGUUUAUAUUCUUCCGAAAAAGCCUCCUGUCCAUCCCGUACUUGCUGAUCCCACAUAUCCCGCAGUCCUCGUCAUUACAGGGGCUCUGUGUGUUGACAAUGUCACACUUCAACUUGGUCCCGUGGAAGUGUUUCUCGACAGUCUGACAGUCACUUGGAAGUCCCGGUUUAUAAGUGUUCCACCGUGCCUCCAGUUGUGGGUUGACAAUUUGGAAAGCGCAAGUAAUUGUGGGGCAGGUACCCUUCUGGGAAGGCCACUGACUGCUGAAGUGCGACUGAACUUGACUGAGUUCUGAGUAUCUCAACUGCCGUAGGGUGCACACUUGGGGUGCUAUACUGCCUGUUGUCCUGCAUUGGCCCAGCUCAUCUAGUACCCACACAUGAUCAGUAGGGCGAUGUCCACAGUACUCGCAUGAGUGCUUGUCACCCUCUACUGGUGCCACAUAUUUGGAGCACUUGCAUAGGUUACACUCGCCUCGCUUUGUUCCCUGGGCAUCUUUCAUUACUGGUACAGCUCUGAGAAUCUUUUCUAGUCGUUCCUCAGCGUUGUCCAUGGCCUGCACUAACUCAGUCUCCUAUAUAGCCACAAUGUUCUCCUGAUACUCUCGUCUGCCCUUGUCAACUGUUCCUCUUUCUGUCGUAGUUGCUGCCGAGCCUCAGCUAACUCUCUGUCCUUUGCGUGGUUUCUGGAUUGUAGCUCUAGUACAAGGGAUUGGGCAUUGGCAUUUUUUGUCACUAGAUCUCUGAGAACAUGUUCCAAAUUCUGGUUCCUAGGCUGCGUCUGAAGAGCAUGCAGCAGAUCACGUUUGUUCCUCUCACUCUCGUAACGGCUAAAACAACCUCUGGCCCCAUCCAACAGACUCAGCACCUCGCUAAUACUUGGACGUUUGUGAGGACCAUUGUGCAGGCAUUGCUGGAUCAACUGAACGAGAGGGUGGUCUCCACGGAGCUGGCCAUAGGCACGGAGUUUCUCGUUCACGUGUCGCAUGUACUCACUG